CAAAUGGUUCAGCCUCUAUACUUUUUAUCCCUGCGUCUAGUCUGUCAGGCAUCAUUUACUUCCAGGCUACUACUGAUUUCAACUCAAUCAAGCCCCGCCAAGAAAUUACACGCUUUGCUUUGUCAAUUAAGAUAGUUAUAACAUCAUGGUUGACGUUUUGGUCUACUAAUAUGACAUAAAGAAGCGAUAUCCGUGUGCAGCUAGAUGGAAAUUUGUGCCUGAGAGACUAAAUACUGAGUAAAAUUAGACCUGUAUAUAUAGGUGACGCUGGCUGUAACUACAGGCAGAAUCGGUUUGCAGCAGUAGUGAGAUGAUGCUGUUGCUCCCGGUAAUAAAGAUAUAAUCAUCUCUCAUCGGCAGGUGGACCCAGCUAAAUGACUGGGGUCUGCAUCCUCAUCAUUUCCUGCUGGUGGUUUGCUGUCAUCCAUCCAUCCAUCCAGCUGCAGAUAACAGCCACAUCCCUGCAUGCAAAAGAGGGCAGAAGGCAUCUGCUUCCUCUGACAAAAACCAAAUCCUGAGGGUGAUGGUGGCAAAUUUUUCCAACAAGAUAUGAACAUAUAUUGAGCUGUAGAGGCUGAAUGCUCAUGUGGACAGGAAUAACUGUAUAAUGGCAUUGGGACCUCCUACCUGAAGGGGUGAUUAUUUAUUUUCCUGUUAGUCCAUGUCCUGCAGGUAUUCAAAGCUUGUCAGCUGAGAACCGGUUUCUCUCACAGGAAUGACAAUGACAGUUUACUGAUCCAUUUUAAGAUUUCUAGGCCACCUGUAGCUUCCUCCUCAGUGUUUUUGGUCCAUGGCAAAGGCAUGACAAACUGACUCUGUUGACAAAAGGUGCUGACAGCUCCCUGGUAUUGGUGUUCUUCCUGCUCUUAUUCACUAUUUGUAAUAACUCCGCCCCCCCUCCCGUUCCUGGGUAUUCUGCAAAAAUGACUACAGAGUGGGGUGAGAAAUCCACAGCGGACCUCAUGAGUAGGUAUGUGUCCAAGGAAAUGGGAUAUGGAGUACCUAAGGAAGGUUGGCGCAUCUGUCUGGCACACGAGUUCAAGGAGAAGAGAAAACCCUUUCAAGCAAAAGAUGUAUCGCUGUCCAACGUCUUUGAGCACGUCGGCCUUGGAAUCAGGUAUCUGAAAUGGUGGUACAAGAAGACUCAGGUGGAAAAAAAGGCUCCAUUCAUUGAUAUGUUUCGUGCCCAACCCCUACGACAAAUAUAUGGUGCUCCACUCGGCGGUAUUGGAGGAGGUACCAUCACAAGAGGUUGGAGGGGCGAGUUCUGUAGAUGGCAACUGAACCCUGGGAUGUACCACUACAAAACUGUCACAGCCAAUCAGUUCACAGUGUGUUUGCGUCGUGGAGGACAAACAGUCUACCAGCAGGUGCUAUCUGUAGAGCGUCCGCCCACGUUACAAGGCUGGAACUGGGGCUACUGCGGAGAGUACGCCUUCUACCACGCCUUGUACCCCCGUGCCUGGACCGUCUACCAUCUUCCAGGACAGAAUGUCACCCUCACCUGCCGACAGGUUUCCCCGGUCAUCCCGCACGACUACCAGGACUCCAGUCUGCCAGUGGCAGUAUUUGUUUGGGACAUAGAGAACAAGAACGACUACGCUCUAGAUGUCUCCAUCAUGUUCACCAUGGUCAACGGGUCGGGACACAAGGAUGACAAGAGCGGGGGACACUGGAACGAACCAUUCCACCUGGAGAAGGAGGGGGAGGCAGUGUCUGGGGUCUUGCUACAUCACUGCACUACAGUGAACCCUUAUACUCUGUGCAUCGCGGCCCGAGAGCAGCCUGACAGGGAAAUCAGUCAUCAGACAGCGUUCAGUCCAAAGGGAACCUGCAGCGGUUUGUGGAGUGACCUCAUCAAUGAUGGACGGCUGGACUCUCCGACAGGCUCCAGCCCCCCGACACCCAAGGGAGAGAAGGUCGCAGCAGCGCUGGCUGUGAGCUGCUCCGUGCCGGCUCAGAGCCACAACACACUGGAGUUCUGCCUGGCAUGGGACAUGCCCAAAAUCACCUUCGGGUCUAGGGAGAGGGAGCAUAUCAGGAGGUAUACUCGUUACUAUGGAACCAACGGGGAUGCGUCGCCCUCCCUCAGUCACUACGCUCUAACACGCUACAAACAGUGGGAGAAGAGCAUUGAGGAGUGGCAAAGACCCAUACUGCAGGACAGUUCUCUCCCCUCCUGGUACAAGUCAGCCCUGUUCAAUGAGUUGUACUUUGUGGCGGAUGGAGGGACGGUGUGGACGGAGCUACCAGAGGAUGCUGAUGUCAGUGGCGGCAUGCGCAGCGAGAACGGGGGGCUGCCAGCUCAGCCUGCUGUCAUCAAGGAGUACGGUCGCUUUGCCUACCUAGAAGGUCAGGAGUACAGAAUGUACAACACAUACGACGUGCACUUCUAUGCUUCUUUUGCACUUAUCAUGCUGUGGCCCAAACUUGCCUUGAGUGUGCAAUAUGAUAUCGCUGGCAGUGUGGUUCAGAAGGACCCAACGGAGAGACUCCAUCUGAUGAGUGGGGUGUGUUCUCCCGUCAAGGCCAAAAACGUGGUGCCUCACGACAUCGGAGACCCAGAUGACGAGCCAUGGCAAAGGGUGAAUGCCUACCUCAUUCAUGACACUGCAGACUGGAAGGACUUGAACCUGAAGUUUGUCCUGCAGGUCUACAGGGACUUUCAUAUCACCCAGGACAGCCAGUAUCUGCAGGACAUGUGGCCCAUCUGCCAGGCGGUGAUGGAGUCAGAGAUAAAGUUUGACCUAGAUGGAGACGGCCUGAUAGAGAACUCCGGAUAUGCUGACCAGACCUACGACGGCUGGACAGUGACUGGACCAAGUGCGUACUGUGGUGGGUUGUGGUUGGCGUCAUUGUGUGUGAUGUGUAAGAUGGCCAGACUGGUGGACAAAGAGGAGACAUACCAACAUUACAGAGACAUCCUGGACAGAGGCAGCGCCGCUUUUGAUAAACUGCUGUGGAACGGCAAGUACUACAACUAUGACAGCAGUGGGAGAGAUCUGUCUAAUAGUGUCAUGUCUGACCAGUGUGCUGGCCACUGGUUCCUGAGGGCGUCUGGGCUGGGAGACGAAGACUACCGGGCUUUUCCAAAAGAAAAGAUCAUCAGUGCAUUAAAAUCAGUCUUUGACUUGAAUGUAAUGAGCUUUGCUGGAGGCCAGAUGGGUGCAGUUAAUGGUAUGCGCCCGGAAGGAGUGCCUGAUCGCUCCAGCGUCCAGUCAGAUGAGGUUUGGAUUGGAGUGGUGUAUGGACUGGCAGCCACUAUGAUCCAUGAGGGUAUGCGGGAGGAAGGAAUGCGCACAGCAGAGGGUUGCUACCGGACUGUGUGGGAGAGGUUGGGCAUGGCCUUCCAGACCCCUGAAGCCUACUGUGAGAAGGGCAUCUAUCGCUCUCUGGCCUACAUGAGGCCUCUAAGUGUCUGGGCCAUGCAGCUGGCCCUGAACACUUCACACAAGGAUCAGACCACAUCGUCUCAAACUGGAGCCACGGACAGGGAGCAGGGACAGGAUUUGAGAGAAAAUCAGAGCUAGGACCCUGAGCCAUCAGACUUGAAAUCGACGACCUCCAAACUCUCCUGCAGCCGCCACUCAUCUGCACUCCCACCAUGCAGUGCUCCAUUUGAUGGGUUACAAACAUUGAAUUAAACGGUCUACAGUUUCAGAUGUUUUGUCAUUUGAGGCCUGAGGUCAGAAUUAUGAUGGUUUGUGCUUGGAAAAGUCAGUAUCGACUAUAGAUCACUGUAUCGUCUUUAGGUGAGGAGAAGAGACUGCAAAUAGUGUGCUGAUUUUUAAAAGUCGUGCAGUAUAGGGUGAUAGCCAGGCAAUGUCAAAAUCAUAGCCAGCGUGUAUUGCUAAUUAAAAAUUGACCCUGUGUUUGAGAAGCAUAUUGUCUAUCUGCACGCAUGUACACACACAUGCAAGCACUACAUUUCACAGUUCACCAUCAUGUCAAAAAUAAUGUAUAUAUGCUAAAUAUUUUAGGACUGUUGUCUGUUAUUAUACCUGCCACAUGUAACCAUUAUUUUCUUUUAACAGUUGAGUA